GUCAGAAAACCUUACAAGCCUUUGGUGCACGCGUUCUGCCUAUCUUCUGUGAAGAAAAUUGUGAAAAUUUGCAUCACUCGUUGCGUUUUGUCCUAGUUUUGGCCGGAAAUAUUCACUUUGAACAGUAACGAUGGUCGUGAAGCCAGUAGCAAGAGGCAUGAAGCCCCAGGGACAGGCCUACAAGGACAAAAGCAAACCGGCUGACAUCCGCCAGAGCAACAUCAAUGCAGCUAAGGCCGUUUCCGAUGCAAUUCGUACCAGCCUGGGACCCCGCGGUAUGGACAAAAUGAUUCAAGCUGGAAACGGAGAGGUCACGAUUACCAAUGAUGGUGCAACCAUUUUGAAGCAAAUGAACGUCAUCCACCCAGCUGCCAAGAUGUUGGUUGAAUUAUCCCGCGCGCAGGACGUUGAAGCUGGAGACGGUACCACCUCGGUUGUUGUCGUUGCUGGAGCGCUGUUGGAAGCCGUAGAAAAGCUGCUACAGAUGGGAAUUCACCCGACUGCGAUCUCGGAUGCCUUCCAGAAGUGUUCGGCCAAGGCAGUAGACAUUUUGACCGAAAUGUCGUAUCCGAUCGAACUGACCGAUCGUGAAUCGCUGAUCAAGAGUGCUUCUACGUCGCUAAACUCGAAGGUCGUAUCCCAGCAUAGCAGUCAGUUGGCCCCUAUCGCUGUCGAAGCUGUACUGAAGGUCACAGAGGUAGGAAACGAGUGUGGAGUUGACCUCAAGAAUGUCAAAAUCAUUCGCAGUCUGGGUGGAACCAUUGACGAUACUGAACUGAUUGAUGGAUUGGUGUUUACCCAGCGCUCUUCCGGUGUCAACGGGCCUAAACGUGUCGAGAAAGCAAAAAUUGGUUUGAUUCAGUUCUGUAUCUCAGCACCCAAAACGGACAUGGACCAUAGCGUCAUUGUUUCGGACUAUGCUGCCAUGGAUCGGGUGCUGAAGGAGGAACGUGCCUACAUUCUGAACAUUGUGAAGCAGAUCAAGAAGGCUGGUUGUAAUGUGCUGCUGGUUCAGAAGUCCAUUCUUCGAGAUGCUGUUUCGGAUUUGGCUAUGCACUUCCUGGAUAAAAUUAAGGUGAUGGUAGUUAAGGACAUCGAGCGUGAAGAUAUCGAGUUUGUCUGCAAAACUUUGAACUGUCGUCCUAUUGCCUCUUUGGAUCAUUUCCUCCCGGAACAUAUGGUGAAUGCCGAUCUGGUUGAGGAAGUCUCAAGCGGAUCCAGCAAAUUUGUCAAGGUGACAGGAAUUCAGAACAUGGGACAGACCAUUUCUAUUGUGGUUCGUGGCUCGAAUAAGCUUGUCUUGGAGGAAGCAGAACGUUCCCUGCACGAUGCUCUUUGCGUUGUUCGAUGCUUGGUCAAGAAGCGAGCCCAAAUUGCUGGAGGUGGUGCUCCGGAAAUCGAAAUGGCCCUUCAAUUGGCCGCUCACGCUCAGACUCUGGAGGGAGUAGAUGCUUACUGCUUCCGUGCUUUUGCUAAUGCCUUGGAGGUCAUUCCAUCGACGCUGGCUGAAAAUGCAGGACUGAACCCGAUCGCCACAGUCACGGAGCUGCGAAAUCGUCAUGCUCAGGGUGAAAAGAACGCUGGCAUCAAUGUCCGUAAAGGCGCAAUCACUGAUAUCUUGGCAGAGAAUGUGGUUCAACCGCUGUUGGUGUCCACUUCGUCCAUCACGUUAGCUUCGGAGACGGUUCGAUCGAUUCUAAAGAUUGAUGAUAUCAUCAAUACGAUGCAGUAAUUCUGCUUCUUAUUUGUACUUUGCUUGCUUUAUUAUACUCUCAUUAAUUUAAACUUAUCGCCGUCAAAAAUACCGAUUUGUCAUUCACAUCGCGCACCAAAAC